AUGGGUUUUUGUUGGUCGGCCCAUCUCCUAGCCAAGGUUUGCGACGUCCCACUACGACGAGAUGACGGACAGAACGGUAUCACCUCCCGCGUGACAGACUUGCCCACUGUCGCCCCCACAAAAUACCGUAUCGAGGGAUUGGUCCCCUUUCGUUACCUGAUAACGUCUGAGGAAGCCGCGCGGGAGCUCUCAUACUCAGUAAUCCGACAUCUCGAACCGAGCGGAGCAUCGCACUACAUGGGAUAG